AUGUCGACCCUGGAGGAGAAGUUGGACAAGAUCCGAUCGCCAAAUCUUCAGAGCCAACAGCAAACCGUCGUGAUUCUUAAAGCUGUCGAGGAAACGCUUAAGGAACAGGGUACCGAACCGACGCCCACUGGAUACUUUGCUGCGCUUUUAGCUCUAUUGAACCAAUCCCUCGAGAGUGGGAAGGUCAACCAGGAAUUAACACCGUCAAUUGUCUAUCUUCUCGAUGUAGUUACGCCUUAUGCGCCUCAACCGCUCCUCCGAUCGAAAUUUACACAGAUUCUCACCCUACUAGCGCCUGUCUUACUCCUUGAAGAUGCUGAAGCGCCUUUACUACGGCCCUCUAUCGGGUGCCUCGAGGUUUUGCUUCUUGCGCAGGAUGCCGCAGCAUGGAAACUACCGGCGAGCGAAAUAAGUCCGCGACGAGCUGUCGCAGGUCUUUUACACCUUGCGAUGGACCAUAGGCCGAAAGUACGAAAGCGCGCUCAGAUGGCCCUGCGAAAAGUUCUCCAAAAUCCUCCUCCGAGCCCGUCCGUGGACCACUCGGCGGCAGACCUGUGCGCCGAAUCAGCUAUGAGGACCCUGGCCGAGGUAGCGAAUAAAGCUGCGGCGUCGAGGAAGCAGAAGAAGCCGUCGGCGGAACACGAUCCCGCACUUAUACACGCUCUGCAGCUUGUAAGGACGGUAGCGGCGGCGACUGGUGGCUGGCCGAGCAAAAAUAUUGAGGCGCUAUGUGAACUCUUGCUUAGCAUCGCCAAGAGCGGGAAUGAACACAUGACGAUGGCUGUUUUCGAAAUCUUCGAAAUGAUUUUCGAGGGCAUGGCAGAUGGAGUUGCGUCUACUAAACUACCCCGUCUCCUUGAGACCAUCUCCGAACUGCGCCCUUCGUCUAACGAUACCCAAUUAUUACCCCCCUGGAUUGCCAUAUUAUCGCGAGGGUAUGAUGUCUCCUCUCAGAUGGAGCCGGAAGAGACAUUCCAAAAGCUCCCGGACCUCUUUACGAUGGUAUCCGAAUUUAUGGAGUCUUCUUCGCAUAACAUAAGAGUUUCCGCCUCGGAGUGCUUAAUUUCAUUUUUGGUGAAUUGUAUCCCGGAUCAAGUUAUAAUCGAGCCUUCGAUCUACGACGAGAAGAUCCUUGAGAAGAUAGCUAAGAUAGCCGAGAACCUCUUAAGCGUCAAAUACCAAGCGGCCUGGAUGGAGUCAUUCAACGUAUUAAGUGCCAUUUUUGAUGCGCUUAGGUGGCGCGCCAACCCGAUGAUGCUAAAUGUCGUGCGAACGGUUGGCGAGCUUCGCGGAAACGACUCUUUCAUGGGUAAAAAAGAAGCAGAUGAAGUGAUUGGAAAGGCAAUCCUGGCAAUGGGCCCCGAAGCUGUCCUUGAUGUCCUCCCUCUAAAUCUCGUCAAGCCAGUUGCAGGCCAACCUGGUAGAGCUUGGAUGCUGCCAAUCCUUCGAGACUUCACCGCCAACACUAAUCUCCAACAUUUCAAGACAGAAUUCAUCCCGUUAAGCGAGGCAAUGUUUCAGCGCGUCGUGGAAAAUGGAGAUGCCAAGACUAUGGAGACUAAGAUCUUCGAGACCAUAGUUCAUCAGACCUGGUCUAUCUUGCCCGGCUACUGCAACCUGCCUCUUGACCUAACAGUGGCGUUUGACCAGGCAUUUGCUGAGAUACUUGCCAACCUCCUAUACCAAAAGGUCGAUCUCAGACUCGAUGUCUGUCGAGCCCUUAAGGCUCUUGUCGAGUCUAAUCAAGCCGUAGUUUCGGUCGAAAGUGAAGAUGAUUUGAUUCUCAGAAGCCGAGUUUCUAAAGAGGAUGCACAGAAGAAUCUGACCUACCUCGGAAGCUUUGCAGGCAACCUCCUAGCGGUCCUCUUUAACGUCUACAGCCAAACACUUCCGCAGUCCAGAGGUCCUAUACUCCAGACUAUCAAUGCCUAUUUGAGUAUCACCCCCGAAAAGGGUCUCGUUGAGACGUUUGAUCGUGUGAGCACGAUGUUGGCCUCUUCAUUGAGUGAAGCUGGGGUCGGGGCGAGUAAAGAGAAGGUUCAAAAGGCAAAGGAUCCGAUGCCUUCCACAGCCCAAACGUUGAUGGACUUAGUGAUUACUAUGUCUAUUUAUCUUCCUCGUCAAAGCUUUAGUCCUCUCUUCAACAUUGCUGCUCUCAUCAUUGUGAGGGAUGACGACCCUCAACUACAGAAGAAAGCCUACAAGCUUAUUCCACGACUUGCCGAGUCGGAUAUCGGCAAGGUAGCACUUCAGGAGCGAAGCACAGAACUUCAAGAAUUGAUUUUGUCGAGUGCAGAAACGGUCUCAGUUCCUGCACGAAGAGAACGGUUAGCGGCAAUCAAUGCCCUGAUGCCGUUCAUCCCCGACACAUCACUCCAUUUUAUUCCCUCGGUGCUAUCUGAGGUGGUCAUUUGCUGUAAGGAGAACAACGAGAAGGCUCGGACAUCGGCUUUUGAACUUCUUGUUCUUAUGGGACGAACAUUGGCGGAAGCGAAGGGCAAGUCGAUCGACAACAGCAAGGUUCCUCAUAUGCCUAGUAAUGCCCCGGCCGUUUCUGCAAGCAUCGAGGAGUAUUUCACCAUGGUCAGCGCCGGACUUGCGGGUAGCACGCCUCACAUGAUCUCUGCCUCCAUCACUGCUCUUACUCGUAUCCUCUACGAGUUCCGAGAGACCGUCAACAAGGAUGUGCUAAAUGACCUUGUGCAAACUAUGGAUCUCUUCUUAACCUCCAACAACCGAGAGAUUGUGAAGAGCGUUCUAGGAUUCGUAAAAGUGUGUAUCAUUAGCUUGCCGAUGGAGAUGAUGGCCCCACGUCUACCGACUAUGGUUCCAAACUUGAUGGUCUGGGCUCACGAGCACAAGGGUCACUUUAGAGCGAAGGUCAAGCAUAUCGUUGAACGAAUGGUCCGCCGUUUUGGCUUCGAUGCCGUCAACCGAAACUGCCCCGAAGCGGAUCGCAAGUUGAUAGCCAACAUCCGGAAGACUAAGGAACGCAGCAAGAGACGGAAGGACGCCGCUAAGGAAGAAGGUGACGAUGAAGAUGACAACCAGCAGAAUGGGAAGCGACGAAACCGAUUCGAAAGCGAGUAUGACGAAGCGCUGUAUAGCAGCGAAGAGUCAGACGCUUCCGACGACUCCGACGCCGAAGUCCUCGGAAAACCACGCAAGGCACAGAAGGGCGGCUCCACAUAUAUUAUGGAAGAUGAGGAUGAGCCCCUGGAUCUCCUGGAUCGCAAGGCGCUCGCUAGCAUCUCAUCUACGAAACCUAGCAAGCUGCGCAAGGCUGGCAGGACCAAAGCGAAGACCGACCUAGACGGUAAGCUGAUCUUCGGCGAAGAGGACGGCGGUGACGAUGCCAUGGUCAUCGACACCCCCAAACAUGGUGCCGAGGAGUCCGGCGUCGGAGCAUACGUCGCCGCGCUGAAGAGCAAGGAUGUUGGACGUAGAGGUCGAGGAGGAAAGCUGAAGUUCUCGAAUAAACGAGGCAAAGAUGAUGAUGACGACGAGAUGGAUGUCGAUGAGAAGGACGUGUCAACUAUCAAGACGCAGAUCAGCCGCGGUGGUGGUAGAGGUGGCAGGGGCGGCAGAGGCGGCGGUAGAGGAGACGGGGGAGGUGCUGGUUUCCGGGGCGGCCGGCCUACACGCGGUGGUGGUGGAAUGCGUGGCGGCGGCGGCAGGAGUGGGAGGGGUGGUAUUGCGGCUGGUAGACGGGGUCUCGGACAGGAGAAGAGGCAUGGCCCGGCGUUCGCGGGCAAGGUUGGAAAGCCCAAGUCUCCUGGUAGGAGAUAA